AUGGUAUCCAUAGAUACAACAAAACAUUCUAAUAUAUGUAAAUAUUAUUUUUUAAAUCCUUUACGCUUCCAGAUAUAUAAAGAUAAAACUCUUAACAAAAUGAUGCAAAUAAUUCAAACAGUCAAUCAAAAUCAAUUAAAAGAUUAUGAACCAGAGGUAAUAAUGACAUAUGUAAUUAAAAUACUUUUUCAUUACGGAGAAACAUAUAAAAUUGAUGUGUGUGAAUGGAAACGUCGACGAAAAAUACGACUUGCACAAAAUAGUUAUCAUCAUUUAUUGGAAGUAUAUAUUCCUAGAAAAACAAAACAGAUUGUACAUGCUGUCAUUAGUACAAUUAACGAAGAUAAAUUAUGGAAAUUUGAGACCUUUUCUUUAGAGAUAAUAAAUAACUUAAUGGAUCAUGGCAUUGAUGGUUCAGUAGUGGUUCAUACAAUAUUGAAUUUAAUAGAAUCAAUAGAUACAAAUAUAUAUGACAUCAGAAUUAUUAUCAAAAUUCUAUAUGAAAUAUUAGAUUCUUACGAAUGGCCUGAAACUAAUGAUACAAUAACAGUGAUAGAAAGACUUUUAAAUUUCUUUUAUAGAACUAUAAUAAAUACAAAUACAAAUACAAUUUUUUCUAAAAAACUUAAAAAAGGUUUUGAAAUAUGUAUCAGAAACAUAAUUAAACAUUUAUCCAAUGAUCAACUUCUUAUCAUUGUAUAUCAUAUGUGCUCAUGGACUAUGCAAAAAAAUAUGAGUGAUAAUAUUAUAUUGGGAUUCGGUAGUAUUUUAGAAUAUACAGCUUAUAUGCAUCAAACAACUCUGUAUGAAAAAACUCUAACACCAAUAAUAUUUCCCUUAUUGAUGCAAAUGAUAGCAUCCAAUAGUAAAAUAAUCAGUUUAUUAGGUAAUAGAGUUAUACAAUAUUUGAUAGAUCGAAAAAAAAAUAGAUUAAAUUUUGAUACUCCCAAAAUUUUUUUUGACAAUGUAGACUUUGAUUUAAAAUUAAGCAAUUAUUAUAAAGAAGACAAAAUAUUUCUUAAAAUUCAUCGUGAAAUUUUACAUGAUAGCCUACUUAAGAGUAUUUUGAAUCAUCGUACAUCCCGUAUGAAUUUAGAAACUAGUUAUUGCACAAUGUGUAUCAUAGCAAUCGAGGUUCCUUGCGGUUUUACAGCUGCAGCAUUAGUUUGUUUAACUAUGAACUUACAAGACUUAAUUUUAAAAGAAAAUAAUCCUCAUAGCAUAGCAUCAUAUCAUAUACAUGCUAUUGUUAUAUCAAUUAUGUCUCUUUUAUGUUGGAUUCAUAAGGCUAAAGUUUUUUAUAAAUAUGUCAAUAAAAUUAUGAUGGAGAGAGCGGACUGGGCUCCACACUUAAAUCCACCAAUUCAGUCUGAAUAUAAUUUUGCAGUACAUCAUAUUUUUUGGUACAAACCAGAGUUAUAUUUUAUUGAUUGGGAAACGCGAUAUUGCUUAUGGAAAUGUUUUCGUCUUCAAAAUUAUUGAAAUAAUAACCUUAAAAAUAACAUUAAAUAAAGUAUUAUUAAUAUGUAUUAUUAUAUAUAUCCUUCCUUUUUAAAAUAUAAGUUUUAUAUUCGUC